AUGGUGAAGUUUUUGAUCGUUGCUCUAGCGUUGGUAGCAGUAGCAGCUGCAAGGCCUGACUUGAACGGUGGAUUUGGCGGCUCAGGAAUUGGCUACGGCCGCGGCGGUUUAGGCCAAGUAGGUGGAUUCGGUUCCGGCUUUGGCGGCGGACUUGGUGCCGGCCUUGGUGGCGGACUCGGUUCCGGCUUUGGUGACGGACUCGGUUCCAGCCUUGGUGGCGGUCUUGGUUCCGGCCUUGGUGGCGAACUUAAUUCCGGCCUUGGUGGCGAACUUGGAUACAGUGGCGGUAACGGUUUCGGUGGCGAACAAUCUGGUUUCGGCGGCGGCUUUGGAUCUGGACAAGGAGACCGCGGCUUCGGAGGACAAGGCGGCCAAGGUUUCGGCCAAAGUAGCAGAGGUUACGGCAGAGGUGGAGUCGGUCAGGAAGGUGUUGGAUAUUAA